AUGGAGAUGGAGAAGAUGCUAGAGAUGGCAUUUGGACUGAUUGUGCUCACCUCAGUCCACCAGUUCUCCCUGCAAGUGUCUCCUGCUGCAGGGAAGCUGUGGACAAGGAUGAGCCAAUGGCCCAGUCAUGUGGGCUUGGAGCUGAGCUCUGACCUCAGGAUGAAGUUUGAGAAUGUCACCUACACAAAGUUCUUUGAAUUGCAGCAGGGGAUGUGGAUCUGUCAGGGAAGGGAGGGUCUGGUGCAGGUCAGAAAGGAUGAGUCAUUGAUCUGCCUGCUGGGUGGAGUGAAUGAGGAUGGGCCCCAGGUAGUCAAAGAACUGGGCAGGGCACUGCCUGUUGUGGUUCGAGACCAUAAGCAAGGAUCAAAGCAUCCCCUGGUGUAG